CCCGAGACCCGCGCCUCAGGAGGGGGUACCCUGACAGGCCCAACCAGACCGCGGGAAGGGGAGAGAAAGGCAAGCCGGCCGUGCACGCCUCUUCCGCCCUGGGCCCGGAAGGGUGAUGUGGCUGGGGCUUCGCCGGCCUCACUAUGUCUGCCAUUUUCAAUUUUCAGAGUCUGUUGACUGUAAUCUUGCUGCUUAUAUGUACCUGUGCUUAUAUCCGAUCCUUGGCACCCAGCCUCCUGGACAGAAAUAAAACUGGGUUGUUGGGUAUAUUUUGGAAGUGUGCCAGAAUUGGUAAGAUGCAGUCGCCUUCUGCUUCUCCAGGAGAUUCUCCAAGGCCAGAAGGAGAACGGAAGAGUCCGUAUGUUGCAGUGUGCUGUAUCGUGAUGGCCUUCAGCAUCCUUUUCAUACAGUAGCUUGGGAAAAUGCCAGAAUUCUUCAGUCGCCAUCAGAUUUAAAUAUGACAAAAAAGGACUGAUCUGCUGAAAAUAGUGGAAAGAAUGGUUAACCCUUUUAUCUCUGAACAUUGAAUGAGCUACACUUGCAGCUGCUGCUCUCUAUUUUUGUUAUUGGACCAAUGUUCUAUAUAAAUAAUUAGGCUGUAACAUUUAAUACUCAGAGUUGAAAUGUGUCUGUAACAAUCAACCUCAGUACUGUCGCUACAAUAUUACAUUCUGCAUAUGUCAUUCUGUUGUGCUAGAUACCAGUUUUUAGUGAGGUAUCUUUAAGGCACAUAGUAGAAAACAAAAUUGGUAAAUUAUCCAAGUUCCUUUCACUGUGAUUUGGAAAUGAUAAAUCUUUAUAGAAUGAGACCUUUUUUUCGGACUAGCUUUUUUAUUGGAAAAAAAAAGGUUCAAUUUGUGUUGGUAAGGAUUGCAUUCAUAUUUAAUAAUGCUGGCUUUUCCUCUGGCCAUACCAUUUUGAGCAUUAACCAGAGUACCUCUACUCUUAGCAAUCUGUAGUUUAUUACAGGUGUUUAAACUAUUUAAAACAAGCCUAUGUAGUUAGUUCUUAAGGAGGAAGAUAGAUGUGACUUAAGAGAAAAUGUUAAGACUAUUGAGAAAAUGCUCCUAUUUAACAUAAAAUAAUUCAGAAUACCUGACUGGUGUUAUUAUCUCUGAAACCUCUGGUUAAGUAUGGAUAAAUGUCUUAAGCAAAAAUUUGACCAGCUGUCCUUCUCCAAAUAAGACUACAUGCUUAGAGUAAAAAGAGCUAAACAGAACAAUUACAGAAUGAUAAUCUUGGAUGUGUUUUUCAUUCUUUUUAGUGUUAGGUCUGUACAUUUUUAAUUACCCCAAAAUACAAACUGUGUUUUUGUUUAUUUAAUACAUUGCCCUCAAUCUAGUUUAUGUUUUCUAUAUCAACUUGAACUGGAAUCUUGUGUAACUUAGUAAGUGAUGAUAAACAGCUUUCAAAUCUACUUACCAUAUGCCAUGACAUAAAUGUCUUUGAGUUUUGUUGAUAAAGGAAAACCUUCAGUAAUUUUCAUCCAGGCAACAGGAAUUUUGGAAAUGCGAAUUACAGAUUUUGUAGUAGAGCAAUUAUUACACAUUUAUGGUUAACAUUUAAGGUUCAACCAAAAUUCAGUUAAAAUUUCAAAACUAAGCAGAGCUUCUUAGCUAAAAAUUGCCUGUUAACAGUUUUAAUUAGAUACUGUUGUCAGCUAUUAAUUGCCAUAAAGAUAAGACUAAACCUUU